GGAAGUUUAACCAGGCAGCCAGGGCUGCCUCUCCUGCUGAACUUGAAGAGUAUUUAGCUUUACUGGAUGCUGAAGACGCUGGUAUUCGUCCUUAUUUGAGUGCUAUUGGUUUUGAGAAGUGGACCCGUUGUUACAGUAGGCGCACUAGGUACUCUGUGAUGACAUCCAACAAUGCUGAGUCACUGAAUUCUGUAGAUCGUAUCCCUCGGGAGUACCCUAUAGCAAAGUUGAUUGAUUUCCUGCGGGACAGGAUGCAGAAAUGGUUCUGCGAGCGUCGAGAUAAUGCUGAAAAAAAUAAAACUAUUCUGUCUGAAUAUUUUGAGACCAAGCUACGUUCUUUCCAUGCUGAGUCUUCUAUGAUGCUGGUGAAGCCUGCCAGUUCAUAUGAGUUUGAAGUUGUGGACAAAACUUCGAGAAGCUUUGUUGUUAAUUUGAAGGAAAAGACAUGUUCAUGUCGUGUUUUUCAACUGGAGCAUUUUAUAUGUGUUCACGGGGUUGCUGCAGUUGGUCACCGUCGAGGCUUAUCAUGCUAUGACUACAUCUCUAACUAUUCUUUCACACAUGCAUGGCUUAGCACAUAUAGUGGAGAGAUGCACCCUAUUGGUUCUUCGUUUGAUUGGGAGAUUCCAGAUCAUGUGAGAUCAGUUAUAUGUAAACCACCUACUUGUUUGACACGUCCACCUGGUAAACCCAAAAAGAAGCGCAUACCAUCAAUUGAUGAAUUUCCAUCUCGUCAACGUUGUUCUCGAUGCAUGAAGGGUGGUCACAACAAGAAAUCUUUCACCAAUCCUAUAUCAGUUUCUAGACCUUAAGAUGUAUAUUUCAAUUUCAACUUUUAUUGUUCUAUUCACUAUAUGCACUUUUUGUUUUUCAAGCAUUUCCUAUCAGUUAUGUCUUUCUUUUUAUCGAUAUUCAAUAAAAAGGCAUUUAAACAAUAAGUUUUAUUUUACUUCACUUUCAUUGGUGCUCAGAUGUGUUAUCUUUGUAUUUUGUAUUUCUGUCACACAUAUACAUUAAUUGUUAAACAUAAAC